AUGGCCAAUCCAUCAUCUACAAUCGUGAACGUUACGCCCUCAUCCGCGCACUCUUUUGUGACAGCGGUCCUCUCCAAAUACAAUGUUCCCUCAGAUCGCGCCGACCUGAUUGCGGACUCGCUCGUCCUCGCCGAUCUUCGUGGUGUUGACACACACGGCAUCAAUCGACUGGGAGGAUACAUCGAGCGUAUCAAGCACGGUGUACUCGAUCCCAACCCCGAUCUCAAGUUCGACUUGAAAACACCCGUUAUGGCGCUCUUGGACGCAAAGAACACGUUUGGGUUCGUUGCUGCAUCCCUCGCUAUCGACAAGGGCGUCGAGAUGGCGCAGACGUAUGGGAUGGGCGUCGUGGCUGUCAAACAUAGUAAUCACUAUGGCAUGGCGGCAACGUAUCUCCUUCGGGCGAUCAAGAAGGGUUGUGCAGCUAUGGCGUUUACGAAUGCAUCGCGAAGUAUGCCGCCGUGGGGUGCGAAGGAGGCACUUCUUGGGACGAGUCCCUUUGCCGUUGGUGUCCCUGGUGGCGAGGCAGGAGAUUUCGUCCUCGACAUGUCGCCCAGUGUGGCAGCCAGAGGAAAGAUUCGAAAGGCAGCUCGGCGGGGGGAGAAGAUCCCGGAAGGGUACGCGCUGGAUGCAGAGGGGCGAUCUACGACGGAUCCAGAGGCUGCAUUGGCUGGGGGUGUGGUUUUGCCUAUUGGGGGACCUAAGGGGAGUGGGCUGGCGAUGAUGAUGGAUAUGUUUGGCGGUCUGAUGUCCGGAGCUGCAUUUGCAGGUGAUGUGAAUGAUCAGUACAAAAAUCUGAAGGAGCCGCAGAAUGUCGGCCACUGGUUCUUGGUAUUUCGCCCGGAGGUCUUUCUGGAUGGCGGAAUGGAGGACCUGAAGGUGAGAAUGGACACGUUGCUGACGAGGGUCCGGGAAUGCGAUAAGGCUGCUGGAGUGGAGAGAAUCUAUACCAGUGGAGAGAUCGAGGCAGAUGUAGAAGUGAAGAGAAGGACAGAGGGCAUUCCAUAUUCGCGAGGGGAAGUCGAUGCGCUGCAUGCAUUAGCGAAGCAGACAGGUGUUGAUUUCAAGUUGGAAGAGAUGAAAUAG